CUUUUAUUCUAUUUUCUCGCAUUUAUAGAUAUACUAUCGAAGAACGUAGAUCAAGAUGCCAGUUGAUUUGGAAUGUAAAUCAUCAAUCUUCUACUACACAGAUGAUGACGUGCAUAAAGUAUUAGCAAACUAUGGGAAGGAAUUGAAGGAUUUAGAAGAUGAUAUGAAAUCAGUCAAAUAUUGGUUUAAAAUACAACCACAUAUUCCAGUUGCACCGAGUGAUAAAUUAAUAGUUUUCUAUCUGUUAAUGAAUAAGUUUUCUAUUGAGAAAACUAAAACCAGAUUAGAAAUGAACUAUUCAAUUCGUAGUGUAAUGCCUGAGUACUACUGUUACAAUCCGUUACAUCAAAAAAUGCGAGAAUCCCAUAAAUAUCUGAAGUUUAUGGUAGUACCAAAUUUAACCAAAGAUUUACGGAGGAUUGUUUUAUUUAAAUAUGAAAGUGAACCUUUUUUGGAUAUAAGCCUUAUGAUUUCACGCAUGAUUAUGGGCUUAGAACUCCUGGCAAUGUACGAUUUUAACAUUGGAGAUGAAUAUAUUUCUGAUUGUAGUAAUGUGAAUCUUUCACUAAUUACUAAAAUUAAACUCACAGAUAUUAAGAAAUUUGUUGCGCUAUUAAAUAAAGUAUAUACAAACAGAUUUUUUGUUAUACAUACAGUUAAUUUGCCACCUGCUGCAGAAGCACUCUUCAACGUUUUUAAAUUUUGCCUGAAACCUAAACUACGUGACAGGCUGCUCCUUCAUAACAGCACUGAGGCAUUGAAACAAUAUUACAGCUUGGACAUAUUGCCAAAAGAUUAUGGUGGAAAUGCCAAAAGCAUUGAUGAAUCUGCAAGUGAUUUUCAAUCAUUUUUCGAAAGUCAUGAUGAAUAUUUUUCGAAAUGGAUGAAAAUUCGUGUUAAUGAAAAAUUGAGACCAGAGCCGCUUGUAAAUGAUGAAAUUCUUGGUUUUCAUGGAAAUUUCAAAAAGCUUGAUGUUGAUUAAAGAAAA